AUGUCCAUGCGCCUGGUGCGUUUUGCCGCAUCCUGGCUCCUAUCUGCCCUUAUCCGACAGACUAUUAUCAAGGCACCGGCAGUCUGUACUACGCUCUAUGAGACCACCCCCAUCACAAGUGACAGAGGACAGAACCAUCUAGAAUGGCAGAUGAAACUGACAACACACAAGCCACCGCUACCAGACUGGUGGAAGGUCCCAAAGUCUGAUCCCAUAGCCUCCAUAUCAUUUCAAGCACUCUGUCUGAUCUCGAUAGGAAGUCUUUCCCCUGAGCAACUCUGGGCAUCUAGGAUGAAUGAUGAUGAAUGGGAGAAACACAGGCAGAAGGUCAUUAGGAGACUGAGUAAUACUAUCAUUGUGUAUGCUAUUCCAGGCGGGCUUGGUGACGUUCUCAGCAGUCAGGACAUGAAAGAGAUCUAA